UGUCCUCAGAGUUCCACAGUUCUGUGUACAGACAGGAUGUAAGAAAAGAACUAGGGGCUCCAGGCAGAGAUCUGCAAGCUACAGGCAAAGAGGGAAGCAGGCUUCUGUGAACAACACAGGCCCAGGCUGAGGGUCGGAGGAGGCCAAGGCCUGGGUUCCUAGGUUGCCCAGUCAGGAUGGGGAUGCCCCAGCCCUGGGUCCUCAGCCUCUUGUUGGUCCUCCUGCCUCGGACCUGGGGUGCAGAGACCCGUCCCCCACUGAUGUACCACCUCACAGCUGUGUCCAACCCAUCCAAGGGGAGUCCCUCCUUUUGGGCCACAGGCUGGCUGGGUCCUCAGCAGUACCUGAGCUACAACAGCCUGCGGCAGGAGGCUCAACCCUGCGGGGCCUGGAUGUGGGAAAACCAAGUGUCCUGGUAUUGGGAAAAGGAGACUGUGGACCUGAAAAGCAAACAAGAGCUCUUCUUGAAGGCCCUGGGAGCCCUGGAAACCCAUAUUGGGCAGGAAGGGAACUUCACACUGCAGGGCCUGCUGGGCUGUGAACUGGCCCCCAACAAUUCCUCAUUGCCCACGGCUGUGUUCGCCCUCAAUGGCGAGGACUUUAUGCAGUUCAACCCAAGCAUUGGCAACUGGAGUGGGGAGUGGCCUGAGACGGAGAUUGUUGGUGAUCUGUGGAUGAAGCAGCCUGAGGCAGCCAGGAAGGAGAGUGAGUUCCUGCUGACCUCCUGCCCUGAGCGGCUGCUAGGCCACCUGGAGAGGGGUCUCCAGUACCUGGAGUGGAAGGAGCCACCCUCCAUGCGCCUGAAGGCCCGUCCUAGCAACUCUGGCUCCUCCAUACUGACCUGUGCUGCUUUCUCCUUCUACCCUCCUGAGCUGAAGCUACGAUUCCUUCGUAGUGGGCUGGCCGCAGGCUCUGGGAACAGCAGCAUCGGUCCCAAUGGUGACGGCUCUUUCUACGCCUCAUCAUUGCUGGAGGUCAAAAGAGGAGACGAACACCAUUACCAAUGUCAGGUGGAACACAAGGGGCUGGCACAGCCUCUCACUGUGGACCUAGAUGUACCAGCCAGAUCUUCUGUGCCUGUGAUCGGAAUCGUUCUUGGUUUCUUGGUGGUCAUAGUGGCUGCUGCAGGGGGUGUACUGCUGUGGAACAGGAUGCGCAGCGGGCUGCCAGCCCCAUGGCUUUCCCUCAGCGGUGAUGACUCAGGUGACCUGCUGCCCGGUGGCAACUUGCCCCCUGAGGCCGACCCUCAUGGUGCAAAUACCUUUCCAGCCACUUCCUGAUGUCAACUCAGACCUCCAAUACACAUUGCAGCAUUUGGUGCUGUGUGACCUCCUGAACUCCUGGCAUCUCUGAGCCUUCUGAGGGAGACCUGGGCCAGAUGUUCUCCUUGUGGACUCCUCCUUUUGUGGCCUGCCUCAGUUUCCCUUCUUAAUGUACAUGGCUGUUUUCCAUCUCCACAAAAUAAAGUUGGGUCCAAAUCUG